GCGUGCUAUACGUCUAUGUAACUUACGAGUGCGAGUGAGUAAUUGUGAGUCUGCGAGUGCGUGUAUGUGUGUGCGUGCUCUCGCGCCCUGGAGAUGUUGCUCUGUUUGCUUACUCUGCAGCAGCACAAGACCCGGCGUCCUUUACUCAGCGCUGUUUGCCCCGCAGAGCUCUUGCCGGCUCCAGCACUGUGGGGUCCUCCUCUGACACCCCAACACUUCGGCACCCCGCCCGAGUACAGCAAACAGAAUGCUAGAGAGACGCACACAGAAAGGAGAACCUGGUCUAAGGUUUAAAGCCAAGCCAGAUGCGAAAGAUCAGGUGACAGUAUCUUGGGAUUCGGCUCUCUACUGCAGAAUCCGCUUGACUCUUCCCUGAUCUCUUCACACUUUGAGGUGCACAGUGGGCUGGCUGGCCUGUGCUUUUGGCUGCUUGUCUGUCAUCUCAUCCUGGGUUAGGACCCUGAGCUCAGCCCCAGGGAGGGGAGGGAGGCCAUGGAGGUUCCUCUGGUCAACUUUGAGAAUCUGGACGACAUCGGAAUCAACCUGGGAGACCCGAGCGACUCAGGAUAUCCGACCUCACCCACCUCGGAUGUCCCGGAACCAAACCAGGGGACCUGUGGCAUAAAUUCACCCACACACUCACCUCUAAGAGGAAGACGUCCAAGGCGCUCUCUAGCCUCUCCACCAACACUCAGCAAGAAAGGAACUUCAAGCUGCAACAGUCUGAUCUCCAACUGGAAGGUUCUGAUGAGCAUCGAGGGCAGUCCCAAUGAGGCUCUCUUAGGAAAAGUAGCCAAGGAUUGUUGCGAGGACUAUUUUACAGAAAAGGAGAAACUCGAAGAUGGCGAACAAAAAAUUGUUAUCAACGUCUCAGGGAUGAUGUACGAGACAACACUUAAAACUUUGAAUCAGUUCCCAGAUACCUUGUUGGGAGACCCAAUAAGAAGAAUUGACUACUUUGACCCCAUGAAGAACGAAUAUUUCUUUGAUCGCAACCGGCCCAGCUUCGAUGGAAUCUUGUAUUUCUAUCAGUCCGGAGGUAAGAUUCGGAGGCCAGUGAACGUGCCAUUGGAUGUGUUUGCGGAUGAGAUAGUGUUCUAUCGACUAGGGCAUGAGGUCAUGGAACAGUUCAGGGAAGAUGAAGGUUUCACCAAAGACCCUGAGCCUCAACUUCCAACCAGUGAGAUUCACCGUCAGUUUUGGCUGCUCUUUGAGUACCCAGAGAGCUCCAGCGCUGCCAGGUCAGUAGCCUUAGUGUCUGUUUUUGUCAUCACUAUAUCUAUUUGUAUCUUCUGCCUGGAGACGCUCCCGGAAUUCCGUGAUGAACGUGAAUUUAUACCUGCGUUCGUCAACUUAACCCGUGACGCCAACGGCACGCUCCUGUCCCCUACUCCUAAUCCUAAGGCCAUGGCCUCUGUCUUUACUGACCCCUUCUUUGUGGUGGAGAGCAUCUGUAUCGUUUGGUUCUGUUUUGAGCUUGGAGUACGUUUUGUGGUGUGCCCCAGCAAAAAGGAAUUUUUCAGUAAUAUCAUGAACUUCAUUGACAUUGUGUCCAUUUUACCCUACUUCAUUACCGUCAUAACAGAACUGAUGGCCACCCAUGAUGGAGAAGACCCCACCGCCGGCCAGAACAUGUCUCUGGCCACGCUACGUGUCAUCCGAUUAGUGCGCGUCUUCAGGAUCUUCAAGCUGUCCCGCCAUUCCAAGGGCCUGCAGAUUCUAGGCCAAACCCUAAAGGCCAGCUUGAGGGAGCUGGGCUUGCUUAUUUUCUUCCUCUUCAUUGGCGUCAUCCUCUUCUCCAGUGCCAUUUACUUUGCUGAGGUUGACGAACCCGAUACUCAGUUUGUGAGCAUCCCGGAAGGAUUCUGGUGGGCUGUAGUCACCAUGACGACGGUCGGCUACGGUGACAUGUGCCCUAUCACAUUGGGGGGGAAGAUGGUUGGGAUCCUCUGUGCCAUUGCUGGUGUGCUGACCAUUGCACUUCCCGUUCCCGUCAUCGUCUCCAACUUCAACUACUUCUACCAUCGUGAAACGGAGCAGGCGGACAAAAUCGUGAUUGACGCUGCUGCUGAGGCUGCUGCAAAUCAGAAAACCAGCGCUGAGGAGAAGUAUGAAAGCAAUUACUCGCUGGACAAGAGCAAUGGGAAUUGGCAGACGGGAAAAAAUGGCAUUCCAUAAGGAUUGGUAUAUUUCACAUGACUAGCAAUAAUGACUACAACAAUGCACUUAGAAACUCUCCGUUUUAUGGUUUGACAACUGCUUAUUUAAGAGCUCUACAUAUAUACCUAAUGCUAUGCAUAUACCAACAGUACCUUUGCAGAAUGUGCUGUUUCAAUGGGAGAACUCGAACAGGAUGCUGUUUUAGCCAAAGGCUGCUAAAACACAGCUGGAUGACUAUAAAACCUCAGUAGCACUAUCUACAAAAAGGAAGCAAAAAAUAUUGUAAGGAACAUCCCUUUAAGGCUUUACAGUAAUACAAACUGAAAUGCACUGAACUGGAAAAGGAAUAUGAAUCACAGAAGACAAAAAAGUACUCGUCAUCAUUUGUGAGGCAAACGGCUGCAUUUGACUGGGGUCAAAACAAGCAUUUAAUUAAUCGCGAUUAAGUGCCUGUGUUGCCGAGUCCCUCAAAUUAAAGCCGAGGAAUCAUGAAUCUGCACUCUGAGCAUCCACCCAGCACCACCUUUUGCUGAUGUUGUCGUUCCUUUGGAGUUUUGCACUGACAUCACCUUUUGUCCCUGCUGCUUGUGAGAGAAAAGCGUAUGCCAAACUGUUAUCCAUCUUUCAAUGUCAUCAAAUGUCUCCUCUAACAGCCCUGGUAGUUGUCAAAACAUAAUCAGGCCUGUUUUAAAUUUAAAUACAGUAUCUUACGCAUGCAAGUAUGUUAUAUUUGGAUGACCCACCGUACUGUGGCAGCAUCUGCUUGCUGCUCGUCCCACAUUUCUUCUGGUGUUUCUAUUUUUGUCAGCAUACACAUAGAACGAGACACUAGUACUCUAUCUUUAGGGUGAGAUGGUUUUUUUAUUCUUUCUAUGCUGACUUAGUUAAAGUUUUUGUACACACCUUUACUUGGUAAUUUCAGACAAUUUCACAUCAUAUCUUGUCU